ACAACAUGAUGUCAACUGUUUUAUCCUGUCGUCUUUAAUGAUAAAGAACAUAAUCGUACUAAUAUUUUAAGAUAAAAAUAUGGCAAAUACCAGACACUGAAUAUCCAAGUGUCCAAUGCAGCGUGUCAUCCCAUGUAAAAGAUUGUCGACCAUUCUCAAACAUCUAUCAUCAACUGUAUCAACUGCAUCACCAUCUAAAACAAUCAUGUCCAACUCAAAUCAUCGUGGACCUUAUACGGCUGGUAUUAUAGUUAUUGGAGAUGAAAUAUUGAAAGGACAAACUCUAGAUACAAAUUCUAGGUUUUUGUGUCAACAUUUGUUCGCCCUUGGGGUAAAAGUUAAAAAGAUUUCAGUAAUAGGAGAUGAAUUGGAAGAAAUUGCAACCGAAGUGUCAGAAUUCUCCAAGAGAUAUACCCAUGUAAUAACAUCGGGUGGAAUUGGUCCAACACAUGAUGAUAAAUCAUUUGAGGGCGUGGCUAUGGCGUUUAAAGAACCUACUUAUCCUCAUCCAGAUCUAGUUAAAUUAAUCAAACAGUAUUUUGGAACAGAUGAUCUCAAAUCACCAAAGAUGAAAAUGGCCUAUGUUCCUAAAUCUGCUGUUCUGCAAUAUGGUAUAAAUAAAAUAACUGGUGAAAAGACAAAGUAUCCGAUGGUAUCUAUGCAUAAUGUCUAUAUGUUUCCGGGUAUACCGUCUUUAUUAGAAAAUGCUUUUGUUUUAUUAGAGGAUUUAUUUCGAGAUCCAAGUGUAGAGUUUCAUACAAGAAGAAUAUAUGUGAAUCAAGAUGAGAUAUCUAUAACCAGUAUAUUACACCAGGUUGAUGAUAAAUAUAAAGAAACAGUAGCUUUAGGUUCAUAUCCAGAUUUACAUAAUAGUUAUUAUAAAGUGAAACUUAUUCUAGAAUCACAAAUGUUAGAUAAAUUAGAAGAAGCCUGUCAAGAAUUAAGUUCUGUAUUACCACAAAGUUGUAUAGUAGAUUAUGAUGAAUACCCUUUAAAUAAGACAGCUGAAAAAGUUUACAACCUUUUACAGACAGAAACAGAAUCAAAAUUUACGCAUAAUCUACAAAAUGCAUUAAACAAAAUAGAAACAGCAUUAGACAGAUAUAGAUUAGAUGAAAUUUGUGUUGGGUUUAAUGGAGGAAAAGAUUGUACAGUUCUUCUUCAUUUAGUGUAUGCUGUUGUGAAAAGGAAAUUUCCGGAAAACGUGGACAAACUGAAAUCACUGUAUAUCCGUAGCAAAUUACCAUUCCCUGAAGUUGAAAAAUUUAUACAGAUCUCAAGAGACAGAUAUAAUUUAGAAGAAUUAAAAUUUGAUGGUAGAAUAAAAGAUUGUUUGAGUGAACUAAAGAGUCAAAGAGGAGAAAUAAAAGCUGUAUUUAUGGGAACAAGAUGUACAGAUCCUUAUUCGAGUCAUCUUGAAGCCUUUUGUAUGACAGAUCCUGAUUGGCCUCAAUUUAUGCGAGUUAAUCCAUUAUUAGAAUGGACAUAUUAUGAUGUAUGGAAAUUCUUACGCUGUCUGUGUGUGCCAUAUUGUAGUUUAUACGAUAGAGGGUACACUUCAUUAGGUAGUAUGAACAAUACCCAUCCUAAUCCAUCACUACAAUAUAUAGAUGAUAGAGGUAUAGUACGUUAUAAACCAGCUUAUCAAUUACAGGAAAUAUCACAGGAGAGAGACGGCAGAAACAUUUAACUAUAUAUUCAUUUAAUUAUUAUAUUCAAUACAUAGAUUUGUUAUAAAUUUUUAAAUUUAAAUAUUUUUUAAUACUU